AUGUCUAGUGCAGUUGAACCAAAACAAAAAUCACUUGUAGGAGCUAAAGGAAAACUCUUAUUGAAAGGAUAUAAACCAGGUAUGAAAGUUUGUACCCGUUUCCCACCAGAACCAUCAGGAUAUCUUCAUAUUGGUCAUAUGAAAGCUGCUAUGUUAAAUGAAUAUUAUGCACAUAGUAAUGGAGGAGAAUUAAUUCUUAGAUUUGAUGAUACUAAUCCACUUAAAGAAAGUGCAGAAUUUGUUGAUAAUAUUAUUAAAGACUUAGCUACAAUUGGAAUUGUUGCUGAUAAAAUUUCAUAUACAUCAAAUUAUUUUGGACUUUUAAUGGAAUAUGGAGAUAAAAUUAUUCAAAUGGGAAAAGCUUAUAUUGAUGAUAUUGAUCCAGAAGAAAUGCAUAAAGGAAGAAUGGAAGGAAUUGAAUCACCAAAUAGAAAUAAUACUCUUGAAAAGAAUAUGAAAAUGUGGGAAGAAAUGAAGAAUGGAACUGAAUAUGGUAAGAAAUGUGUUAUGAGAGCUAAAAUUGAUAUGAAACAUAAAAAUAAAGCAUUAAGAGAUCCAUCAUUAUGGAGAUGUAUUGAUGCCCCACAUUAUAGAACAGGAACACAAUUUAAAUGUUAUCCAUUAUAUGAUUUUGGAGUUUCUAUUAUUGAUUCUAUUGAAGGAGUUACACAUGCACUUAGAUCACAAGAAUAUUCAGAUAGAGCACCAUUAUAUGAUUGGGUUGUUGAUACAUUUGGAAUGAGAAAACCAAUUAUUGAAGUUUUCUCUAGAAUGAACUUCUCAUAUGUACUUCUUUCUAAAAGAAAUCUUAAUACAUUUGUUAAGAAAGGACUUGUUGAUGGAUGGUAUGAUCCAAGAUUCCCAACUAUUCAAGGACUUAUUAGAAGAGGACUUACUCUUGAAGCUAUGAAAGAGUUUUGUCUUGCACAAGGAUCAUCUAAAAAUAUUAACUUGAUGGAAAUGGAAAAGAUUUGGUCUGUUAAUAAGAAAGUUAUUGAUCCAAUUGUACCAAGAUAUAAUGCAGUAUUAAAAGAAGGUGUUUGUACUGUUAAUGUUACUGAUGCAGUAGAAGAAGAUAAAGAAGUUCUUCUUCAUAAAAAGAAUGAGUCUCUUGGAAAGAAAACAGUACAUUUCACAAAAGAAGUACUUCUUGAUGGAGCAGAUGCUAAAGAAAUUGCAAAUGGAGAAGAAGUUACUUUUAUGGAUUGGGGAAAUAUUGUUAUUGAUAAAAUUGAAGGUUCUAAAGCUGAAGCACAUACUCAUCUUGAAGGUGAUUUCAAAUUAACUAAAAAGAAACUUACAUGGAUUUCUUCAAAAGAUCCAGUUAAUUUAGAAUUAAGAGAAUAUGAUUAUCUUAUUACUGUACCAAAAAUUGAAGAAGGAAUGGUACUUGAUGAUUAUAUUAAUCCAAAAUCAAUUGAAAUUUUUGAAGCACUUGGAGAAUCUGCUAUGAAAGGAUUAAAAGAAGGAGAUAAAAUCCAAAUUCAAAGAAAAGGAUAUUACAGAUGUGAUAAAGCCUUUGAUGGUAAUAAGAUUGUUCUUAUUAAGAUUCCAGAUGGAAGUGAAAAAGGUCCAAAAGUUAAAGCUGAAAUUGAAGUAAAAGAGAAGAAGCAAAAGAAACAACCAAAAAAGGUUGAACAAAAUGAGAAACACUAA